UGCAAAAGAAUAUUCUUCAAGUCAUUGAUGAAACCAUGUGGUUGGCUUCUUCAUUGUCUGAACCCCAAAAUAGCUCGUGUUCCCAUUUUCCUCACACGCAAACGAGGAAGGAGCAGAAUUCACAACACCUCGUAUUCCCAAAUCUUGGAUUAUAACUUUGAAAUCUGAAUCUUGAUUUGAAACUCACGAAAUUAGAGAGAAUAUGAAUACGAUGACAGCUACCAUGACAACCUCUGCAACAACGACAACAACGGUCUCUGUCGGGUCAUCUUCAUUUUUCACUAAUUAUCCACUUAUGUCUGCUCUUAUUGCCUUUGCUCUUGCCCAAUCCACCAAGCUCUUCACUUCAUGGUACAAGGAAAGACGAUGGGAUCUUAAGCAACUUGUUGGAUCUGGUGGAAUGCCAUCAUCCCAUUCAUCAACUGUAACUGCUCUAGCUGUGGCUGUUGGUUUGCAGGAGGGCUUUCGGGGAGCACUCUUUGCUUGUGCAUUAGUUUUAGCGUGUGUGGUCAUGUAUGAUGCCACGGGUGUAAGAUUACAUGCUGGACGUCAGGCAGAGGUCCUGAAUCAAAUUUUGUACGAACUUCCUUCUGAACAUCCUCUUGCAGAUAGCAGACCAUUACGAGAACUCCUUGGUCACACUCCUCCUCAGGUUGUAGCCGGUGGAUUAUUGGGAUUGACGACUGCAACGGCUAUUCAUUUUAUCACAGGCUCAGGACAUCAAGCAUGACAUUAAAGAAGCGGUUGCUUACAAUGUUACAGUUUGUGAAAUAUGAUAUAUGUGAUAUCAGGCCAAAAGUUGCAGAUAUCUCAUUUCACCUUUGAAUUGUGCUGGAUGGUAUUGACUGCAGAGAUGUACUAAUAUUUCAGAUACCUCAUUGCCUCCUAACAGGUUCAGAAUUGCUAAUAUUCAUUUAGAAGUUUAUACACUUUAUACAUAAUGUAGAUAAUUAUUAGCUACAAUGAACUGCAACCUGUAAGUUAAGCUGCACACUUUUCAGAAAAUUAGUUACAGUGUGUUAAAUGUUUUUCUGUAUUACCUCAAUUACUCACAACUU